AUGGCGCCGCAGGAGCUCGUCGACGCGCAGUGCGUCGCCAUCGCGACGCUCCUGUCGCAGAUCGCGACGAGCGACGGCGCCGUCGCGGCGCUGCGGCGCGGCCUCGAAGGCGCGGACGACGCGGCUCGCGACGUCCUGCGGGCGGCGCUGGCGCCGCCGCCGGCGCCGCCGGAGGAAUUGCCGCCGCCGCCGCCGGAGGCACCGCCCGCGCCGCCGGAGGAGCCGGACGCCGGGCCGCCCGUCGCGCGCCGCGUCACGGACGGCGGCGAGCUCAGGACGCUGUCGCGGACGUCGUCGCUGUCCAAGGACGCGGCGGCGGCGGCGACGAUGCAGCGCGCGACGUACAGCCCCGUGGACCUCGCCCACCUGCUGCGCAACAAGGCGGAGCUCGAGAUCGACGACGAGGCGACGCGGUACCUCGACCGCCUCGACACGAACGGCGACGGCCUCGUCCAGGCGGAGGAGAUGGGCGAGUUCUGCACGCAGGACCUGGACGUGAAGCUGCAGGACGCGGAGCUCGACGCGCUCCACGACCUGCUGGACAACUCCUUCGACCACACGCGCGUCCGCGACGUCUGCGCGUUCUUCGAGAGCCGCGACGCCGUCGCCGGGCCCGGCCCGUCGCGGCUCUCCGUGCCGCGGUCGAACACGGUGACGACGCUGGCGUUCUCGCCCGACGCGUCGCGCGUCGGCUGCGGCGGCAUCGACUCCGUGCUCGUCGUCUACGACCUCUCGGAGCGCGUCGAGCGGAGGCUGCUCGAGCGGCGCCUGCCGAACAUGGUCGGCGCCAUCUCCCUCGGCGUCAGGGGCGUCGCGUCGGGCUGCUUCGGCGGCCGCGUCGACUUCGUCGAGGACGUCCUCAAGGCCGCGCCGCCGCCCGGCGAGGACCCCGGCGAGCCGCCCCACGCGUUCUCGACGUCGCCCAAGGGCUGCAAGGCGUCGUCGGCGACGUGGGAGCUCGGCCAGAACGUCAACGCCAUCGCGCUGAACGAGUCCGACGGCGAGGUCGCCGUCGCCGCGGAGUGCGAACUGACGAUCUUUUCGCUCGCGACGAAGGAGCCCAAGUUCGUGUUCCCCGCGGACGGCAUCCUCUGGGCCGUGUCCAUGGCGCGCUCCAUCGUCCACGUCAUCGAGCUCGACGGCGGCGCGUCGCUGCGCGUGACGGCGAAGUGUGUCGAGGAGCACGGAACGACGCACGAGUCGCCGUCGAAGCUCUUCGCGCGCUCCUUCUCGACGAAGAACGUGGACGAGGAAACGCGGCUCCGGCCGAGUUCGGACCGGCCGUCGACGCCCCGCGGCCUCGGCGACCUGGCGGAGCUCGAGUCGCUGCACCGGUCGCCGGCGAGCGCGUCGACGGCCGCGUCUUCGACGACCGCGCUCGUCCAGGGCUGCACGCUGCGCAUCAGCAAGAUCAAGACGACGCGCGUCGCGGACAUUCUGCUCGUGCAGUUGGAGUCCGUGCCCGUCCUGUGCGUCAUGCUCACGCUCGUCCUCAUCUCCGUGCUCUUGAGCUCGCUCACGGUCGCGAAGGUGCGCAUCGACGCGCGCGCGGCGUCCCGGGUCGACACGUGGAUCACGUGCCUCUUCGUCGUCGAAUUGGGGGCGAGGAUCGCGUGCCACCUCCAGGUCUACCGGCACCUGCCAGCGCACCUGCGCACCUUCUUCGGCGACCCCUUCUGCGUCGUCGAUUUCAUCGUCGUGCUCAUCGACGUCGUGUUGUUGGCGGGCGCCGUCGGGUCGAAUCUGAGCGGCGCCGAGGGCUUCGCCAAGGCCGUGCGCCUCGUGCGGCUCGUCCGCCUCGUCCGCGUCGUCCGCGCGGGGCGCAUCAUCCGCAAGAUGGCGUCCAGCGACUACCGCGGCAAGCUCCGCUACGACGUCGAGCUCCCGGGCGGCGACGUCGUCCGCGACGUGGACCGCGAGGACGUCUGGACGGAGGCCGAGGACGCCUACGCGCGCCUGCGGGACGCGGCGCCGGGCGACGGGCUGCCGACCCCCGCGAAGAGCCUGCGGGCGCCUCGGAAACCGCUGCGGCGCAUCUCGAACAAGACGGGCGCGCCGUUCGGGGAGCGGGACCGCAUGCCCUGCACGUUCCGCGUGCGGGGCAUCGCGGACAUGCGGCGCGAGACGCUGAAGCUGAUGAUGAUGGGCGGCGAGGCCCAGCAGGCCGUGCUCUGGUCCUACGAUCUGAACGCGACGGAGGUGGCGCCCGGCACGCCGGACGUGGUGCGGUCGGUGGUGGAGGAGAACGGCACCCGCGUCGUCCGCUUCGCGCGCCGCGAGCUGACGAUGCCCUUCGAGCAGACGGUCAACGGCGUGGCGAUUUCCGGCGGCGGGACGCGAGUCGCGGCCUGCGAUUCGCGCGGCAAGGUCGUCGUCUUCGAUCUGUUCGAGCGGUGCGCGGUCUUCCAGGAGGUCGACGGCGACCUGCUCUACAGCUGCGCGCUGAGCCACAGCGGCGACGAGAUCCUCUUCGCGGGCGCGUCCAUGCGCGUCACGCUCUGCGACGUGAACACGGGCGCGACGCUCUACGGCGAGGUCGCGGACGACCGCGUGCGUUGCGUCGCGCUGGGCCGCGCGGGCUACAAGGUCGCCUUCGGGGGCUUCGACGCGAAGUUCCACGUGCGCCACACGCGCGUCGGCGCGCACUGCCACGUCGCCGAGGGGUCGAAGAUGGUGCGGUCCGUGUCCCUCGACCGCGAAGGGACGAUCCUCGCCGUCGGCGGCGACGACUGCGCGACGCGGUGCUUCAAGCUCGAGGGCGACCACCCCCUGGGCGCCCCCGCCUGGGUGGCGCUGCACAAGUCCAAGGUCUGGAUCGUGCGCUGCGCCCCGAGCGGGGAGGCCGUCGCCGCCGGCGACUACAGCAACGGCGUCUGCGUCUACCGCGCGGCCGACGGCGCGAUCUUGUGGCAGAAGACGACGUGGCGCGGCAGGGGCGCGCCCUUCACCUGGGCCCUGUCCUGGGCCGGCGACGGGUCGCGGCUCGCCAUCGGCCACUGGGACGCCUACGCCUACGUCGUCGACGCGAACACGUACCGGGAGACGCACCACGCGAGGCGCGGCGACCGCGUCUACUCCGUCGCGCUCUCGUCCGACGGCGGCGGGCUCCUCGUCGGCGGCCGGGACAAGCGCGUGGCGCUCUACGCCGUCGCGGGCGCCGGGGGCGACCUCGGCGACCCGGCCCACGCCUGGCUGUUGGACGCGUUCGUCUACGCGGUCGCGGCGUCGCACGACGACCGCCACGUCGCCGUGGGCUGCGUCAACUGCCAGGUCGUCGUCUUCGCCGCGCGGGCGCCCUACGCGCGGCUGUCGACCAUCUCCCAGGAGGGCCUCGUCCAGUUCAUCGAGUUCAGCCCCUGCGCGCCGUCGCUAUUAGCCGUCGCGUCCGAGCAGCCGUGCGUCGAGGUCUGGGCGGACGUCGGCGCGGCGGCGCCGCGGCUCGCGCUCGCGCUGCGGCGGCACACGUCGACGCACGGCGUGUCGCUGAGCCGCCACGGCCUGGCCUACUGCAGCGGCACGCUGUUCUCGACCUACGGCACGGGCACGAACGCGCCGUCCUACGCGGACCGGCCGAGCUACGAGAUGGCGCAGGCCGCGCUGGACCACGACCGCGCGCUCGGCGCCAUCCUCUGCGCCCACCCGUCGGUGGUGAACGCGCGGGGGUUCUCCGGCGAGACGCUCCUCCAGUACGCCGUGCGGAAGAAGUCCGCGGCCGUCGUCGAGCGGCUCCUGGGCGCGCGGUGCGUCGUCGGCGCGGCGCUCGGCGACGGCAACGGCAUGAACGCGCUCGCCGUCGCGCUGCGCAACGAGCGGCGCACGGUCGUGCGGCGCCUCCUCGACAGCAUCCAGGCGUCGGCGGCGCAGUUCCCCCUCGGCGGCACGGCGACGACGUCCGCGCUCGGCGAGCUCGCGGAGAAGUACCCGGACAUCCUCGUCGCGUUCCUCACGGACCUGACGAUGAUCCAGGACCACGCCCUGGCGCCCAUGGGCCGCAACAUCGCGCUCCUGCCGUCGUCGACGAACCUGAUCACCGCGGGCUCGUCCGAGCGGUCGCCGGCCAAGUUCUGGGACCCGCUGCUCCGCAAGUCGGAGCGGUCCGAGCGGUCGACGGGCGCGCGGAAGAAGGCCGCGCGCGUCAGCUCCAUCCAGCAGACGGACCAGGCCUUCGGCAUGACGUCGCCGACGGGCAAGGCGCCCGCGGCCCCCGAGCGGCAGCCGACGAUGAUGCGGAAGCGGUGGAGCGGCAUCUCGCAGAAGGCGCUCGACGCGACGCGCGUGAACCUCUUCGUCACGCAGCGGUCCCGCUUCUCCCUGCCGGGCUUCGCCCAGGACGCCCACCCGGCGACGAGCGCGCUGGAGACGCCGGGCAACGAGGCCUGGCGCCUCAUGAUCGCGGACCGCGCGGACCGCUACCGCGAGGGCUUCGCGUUCGCGGACCUGAAGAAGACGGAGGUCGCGGCGCUGCGGGCGCCCUUCGAGUCCAUCUGCGGCACCUUCGCCCGGGGCAUGCCCGAGCCCGACUCCUUCCUGGCCAUCGUCGCGCGCGCGUCCGCGCAGCAGGGCGUCUACCGCGCGUACAACUCCGUCCUCGUGCAGUCGAUCAUCCAGUUCAAGUGGGACGCGUUCGCCAAGGCCAUCUUCCUGUCCCAGUUCGCCCUCUGCGUGCUCCACCUCAGCGUGGUCUGCGGCCUCUACUUCGCGGUUUUCGACCACAAACGGGACCGGACGACGAUCCGGAACCCGGCCGGGGGGUCGCCGCGCGGCGUCGGCGAGCUGCUGACGCUCGUCUUCGCCGCGCUGCUGUCGCUGGGCUUCCUGUGCAUCGAGCUGAGCCAGAUCUUGAUCGAGGGCCAGCGGGAGUACUUUGGGGGCGGCGCGCACAGCGCGUGGAAGGCGCUGGAUCUGUUCUGCUACGCGCUCCAGCUCGUCGUCGACGGCGUUCUGGCCUUCGACGUCGGCGCGCUGGACGUGCUGAGCGUGUUCUGCUGCUUAAAUUUGCUCGCCUUCACGUUCAAGAUCAUCUCCUUCGCGCGCGUCUUCGACGACCUCGGCGCGCUCGUGCGCAUGAUCGUGAAAAUUGGCUACGAGAUCCGCCACUUCAUGAUCGUCGUGUCGAUCCUGCUGUUGGGCUUCUGGGUGUCCUUCUCCCUGCUCUACAACCAGCCGCCGACCUUCGACCAGGCCAUCGACCUCAUCGACUCGGGGCUCUACCAGACGAACACGGUACGGCGGACGAACCGCGAGAUCGUCGUCAUCUUCGAGUGCUUCAUGUUCGCCGUCGCGCUGCUGCUGCUGAACCUGCUCAUCGCCAUCAUGAACUCGGCCUUCGAGCAGGUGCGCCAGGCGGCCUUCGUCGAGGUCCUCUUCGAGAAGUCGCGCAUCAUCCUCAACAUCGAGAAGCUCUGGCUGCCCAUGGUCAUCAACUACGCGGGCACGGACGUCCGCGGGGCCGUCGGCGCGGCCGUCGGCGCGCGCGUCGGCGCGGGCGCCGCGAGCGCGCGGAGCGCGAGGUUCGGCGUGUCCGCGGGCACGCCCCGGAGCGCGCCGCCGUCCGCGGCGGCGGCGACGAGCGCCUCGACGUCCGCGGGCGACCGGAACGGCCCGGAUUCCAAAAUUUGCGCGGCGACGCCGGCGGCGAGCGGCGCGGCCUGGGACGUGCCCGACUCGAGCGUGAAGCCGCAGCCCGUGCCGCCGUCCGCGGAGCGCAGGUCCUCGCCCGGCGCGAAGACGUCGACGCACGGGCCCGUGUUCGCGUCGCCCGGGUCCACGCGCACCAUCGGCGUCGAGAUGCGCGGCGAGGGGUCCAUGGGCAUCCCCACGGAGCGGUGCAUCGAGCCCGACGCCGUGCCCUACGACCUGCUCUGCACGAUCUGCCUCGGCGUCGUGUCCGACGACGCCGUGCAGACGCCCUGCGGCCACAUCUACUGCCGCGAGUGCAUCCGGAGUUCGCUGCGGCGCCAGGCCGUCUGCCCCCAGGACCGCAAGGCUUUGAGCCACGGCCAGCUGCGCCUCGUCAAGGAGGCGAACCCCAUCGUGCGGCGCAUCUGGGGCGCCAUCAAGGUCCGGUGCUGCUACGCGGAGCGCGGAGAGUGCAAGUGGACGGGCAACCUCGGCGACGCGCUGAGCCACGAGGCGCGGUGCGCGCGGAAGCUCGGGUCGCCCCGGGACCUGAAGAUCCGCGAGCUCGACGGCGCCCUGGCGCGGAGCGAGGCGAGGCUCGCGGAGGCCGUCGCGGAGCGGCAGGACGCGGCGCGGCGCGCGGCGCACCUCGAGGGCGAGCUGAAGCGGCGGACCUACGACUUCGACCAGGAAUUGGCGAAGCAGGCCUUCGACGCGCGGAGCCGCCUCGACGAGCUCCAGGCCCUCGCCGCGGACCGCGAGUCGCAGCUCGCGGCGCUGUCGGGCCGCUUCGGCGCCGUCGAGGGCGAGCACCGGCGCCUCGGCGAGGCCCACGCGGCGCUGAGCGAGAGCCACACGCGCCUGCUCGGGGAGCGCGAGGCGCGCGAGGCCGCGGCGCAGCGCCACGUCGAGGCGCUCCAGGGCCAGCUGAGCGAGCUCGCGCUCGAUAGCAAGGCCAUGGCCGACGACUUCGGCCAGCGCCAGCAGCAGCUCGAGCGCCAGCGCGGCGACCUGGAGCAGGAGCUCCACGGCGGGCGCGAGCGCACGCGCCACCUCGAGUUCCAGCUCGAGGCCGCGGCGAACGACGCGCGGACCGCGCGCGGCGAGCUCGCGGACGAGCGGAACCGGUCCGGCGCGGAGCUCGAGCGCGCCCGCGGCGACGCGCGGGAGGCCUCGGAGCAGCUCUUCCACGUGCAGCGCCAGCUCGACGACGCGGAGCAGCGGCUCCACGAGGCGCGCGAGGAGCGCGCGCACGUCUACGGCCGCCUCGAGAUGGCGGACCGGGACCUGGACGCGUCGCGGCGGGGCCAGGCCGACGCCGAGGAGGCCCUGGCGCGGGCCGAGAAGCACUUCCAGGGCCAGCUCGACAAGGCGCGCGACGACGGCCGCCACGACCGCGGCGGCGCGCACCACUUCGACCGCGCGUACAAGUACGACCGCAACAGCGUCGUCAAGCUCGCGCAGCUCGUCGCGGCCCACCUCGAGGACCGGCCCAGCGAGAUCUCGCCGAACCGCGUCUUCUCCUGCGUGGGCUCCUGCUACGAGGACCUGAAGCGCGGCUGGACCGACAACCCGUCGAACUACGCCAUCGACGUCCGCAUGCUCCUCUCCGUCGCGACGGCGUCGACCUGGUUCAACGAGCAGCAGCAGCAGCUCCUCGACCAGUGGCAGCGCGACGAGGGCUGGCUCGGCAACCGCGGCGGCAUCCACGUCGUCAACAGCGCGGGCCCGCCGCCGCAGCAGCAGCAGCGCAUGCGCGGCUACCAGGACGAGAACGUCCCUGAGACCGGAUUCCCUCGGACGAUGGCGGCCCUGUGGCUGGAGGGGGCGCCGGCCGCGCUGGACGAGAUGGCGGGCGACCCGUCCUUCGUCAAUUCGGCGGCCUUUUGCGACCUGAGCCGGCGCAUCCGAGCCAUGGAGCGGCGGGCGUCGGCCGGGGCGACGCCGCGCGACGGGGAGGCGCCGCCGAUCCUCGACGCGGCGAAGCGGGCGAAGCUCAUGGAGAACAAGACGCGGCUCCUCGGGGAGAUCGUGAGCACGGAGGCGUGGUACGUCCAGUGCCUCGACGCGCUGGUCUCCGAGUACCACCACCCGCUGGCGGACAGCGUCUUCGCCGAGGGCGGGGCCAUCAUCCCCAUGGAGAAGGUCUACCGGAUCUUCAGCAACCUCGAGGACAUUUUGCUCGUGAACCGCGAGCUGCUCGCGCAGCUGAGGGACCGCGUCGAGGGCGACGACGCGUCGGCGCGGGACCGCGUGGGCGACAUCUUCCUGAACAUGUCCUUCGCCCUGAAGAUCUACAGCAAGUACAUCGGCGACUACGACACCGCGCGGCAGACGCUCGCCGAGGUCGAGGCGAACCCGCGCUUCGCGGCGUUCGUCGAGGGCGUCGAGGAGCGGACGCGCGAGUCGCUCAAGAACCAGAAGCUCGGGAGCCUGAUGAUCAUGCCCGUGCAGCGCAUCCCGCGCUACGAGCUCCUGCUCCGCGAGCUCGUCAAGGUGAAGCGGAAGCUCGGCGAGGACGAGUGGAUGGACGAGCUCGAGAGCUGCAUGGACGCCGUCAAGGAGGUCGCGGAGCAGAACAACGAGCAGAUCCGCAUCACGGAGUCCAAGGCCAAGCUCUACGACGUCCAGAAGAAGUUCUCGCCCAAGCUCUGCCUCGUGGGGCCGAACGAGCCGACGCGGCUGUUGGUGAAGGACGGCGACGCGAAGAAGGUCCACGGCCGCGGCGGCGCCCAGGUGCCCUGCCGCCUGAUUUUGCUGAGCGACGACCUGCUCUACGCGACGGAGUCGAAGAGCCGCACCGGCGCGCUCGAGCUCCACCGGAAGAUCCGCCUCGCGGACGGCGCGACGUCGUUCGAGGACCAGGCGGACAAGGACGGGCUGAAGAACGCCAUCGUCGUGCUCAACAGCGACAAGUCCAUGAUCAUCCUCUGCGACACGCCCGCGGAGAAGGCCCAGUGGCUGGCCGCGCUGCGGGCGACGCGCGAGAAGGCGCGCGCGAAGCUCGGCGCGGCCGCGGACGACGGCGUCGCGAUGACGCUCUGGGAGCAGGACACGCCCCAGUGCUGCGUGACCAAGGCCAAGUUCACGGCCCUGAACCGGCGCCACCACUGCCGCGUCAACGGCGAGUGCGUGUCGUCGGACGCGUCGAAGGCGCGCUUCGACCUCACCGCGCUGGGCGACCGCUUCGGCAAGUCGGAGCGCGUCUGCGACUGGUGCUGCCGCGACUUCCAGCUCUGCGACGGCGACUGGACCGCCGUCGUCAAGCGGGGCAAGUUCCUGCGCGAGAGCGUCGGGAAGAUCGCCGACGGCGCCGCGGCGCUCGCGAUCGCGGGCAAGAACCUCGAGCGCGAGCCGGGCCAGGCCGUCUUCGCGUCCUGGCUCUGGAAGAAGGGCGGCGCGGGCGCCGCCGACGGCAAGGGCCGCGCGGGCUUCUUCGGGAGGCGCAACUGGAAGAAGCGCUGGUGCGAGCUGCGGAAGACGAAGGACGGCGCCGACUACGAGCUCCUCUACUUCGAGGACCCGGGCGAGACGACGGACGACGCCUGCAAGGGCCGCGUGUCCCUCGGCGGCGCCAAGGUCCAGGUCUUGGACAGCACGCUCCUCACCUUCGUGCUGACGGCGGGCACGCGCGACUACCCGAUCCGCACCUUGGACCACGAGUCCGCCAAGGACGUGGGCCCGACGGACCGGGGCUACUUCCAGAUCUGGAUCGCCCUCCUGGAGGCCUGCGUCGCCCGCGCCGCCGUGCCGGAGAAGAAGAAGCCCAAGCCGCCGCCGCCGCCGCCGAAGCGCAAGGAGGAGAAGGCGCCCGUGGACCCCGCGCUGCUCCGCGCGGAGUGGUACUGGCAGCACAACGACGGCUCCCAGAUGGGGCCGUCGACCUUCGACGAGCUCAAGGCCGCCGUCGUCGCCGGCGACCUCCUGGGCACGUGCCACAUCUACGCCGAGGAGAUCACGAGCGACUGGGCCAUGCUCGACGACGCGCCGCGCGUCAAGGCCGCGCUCGGCGCGUGA